GCCUGAAAUCUGCGUACGAGCUGGGAUUCAUUUGGGUAAUUUGUGGCAUCGAACAAGUCUCGGCCACUGCCAGCAGCUCAAGACCACUGUAUCACCAGCCUCGUCCAAUCGGCAACGGCCACGACUGCCAGCUAAUCCUGGUAAUUGCUAUCAAACCUCCAAAACCCCAUCAAUGGCGAUCAUAACCGAAGAGGAAGACCAGCCUCAAUCUCCCAAGCAAUCGCACUCCAAAAUUCGACCACCCAAAGCCGACGAACCCAUUUCACAACCCACCUCCAAAUCCCCAUCUCCAAACCCCUUUACUUUCUGGUUCUACUUCACCCUCUUAGUCGCCCUCAUCACAUUCCUCUACAUUUCCGUCUCUUAUCUUGCCCCUCAUCAAGACCCCAAGUCUUGGUUUUUGAGCCUACCCAAUAAUCUUCGCCAGCACUACUCGAAGGGCCGCAUUGUCAAGGUCCAAACGAGCCCCAACCAAGCACCCAUUGAGGUUUUCACUAUAGAACACGGUCCAGUGGUGUCUGAAAAUGUUGUAUUAGUUCAUGGUCUGGGUCUUAGUUCUUACUCUUUUCGUGAAGUUAUUAGAGGUUUAGGUUCAAAAGGGGUUCAUGUGGUUGCUAUUGAUUUACCAGGAAAUGGGUUUUCUGAUAAGUCGGUGGAACAGGUCGUUGAGGGAGGGAAUGGGGUGUUAGGGGGGCUUUUGGAUGUGUAUGAUGAAAUUCAAGAAAAGGGUUUGUUUUGGGCGUUUGAUAAGGUGAUUGAGACCGGGCAGAUUCCUUAUGAGGAAAUUGGGAACCGGGUUUCGAAGAGGAAGGUUGUUAGACCAAUUGAAUUGGGUCCUGAGGAGAUUGGGAGGGUGUUGGGGCAAGUGGUGGAGACAAUGGGAUUGGCUCCUGUGCAUUUGGUGUUGCACGAUUGGGGUUUGGGGUUCGGCGCGAAUUGGAUUUUGGAGAAUCCGGGGCUAGUGAGGAGUGUGACGCUUAUUGAUACUGAUUCUAGAGGGUUUGGGGCAUUGCCUUUGUGGGUUUUGGAAAUUCCGGUGGUUAGUGAGGUUGUGUUGGGGGUUUCGUUUUUGUAUAGAAGGUUGAUUAACUUGUGUUGUUCAAGGGGGAUUGGUGUUUUGGAUGCCGAGACACAUAGGGUGCUUUUGAGGGGGAGGGAUGGCAGGAGAGCGGUUGUGGGUAUGGGAAGGAAGAUGAAUCACAGCUUUGAUAUAGCUGAGUGGGGUGGUUCGGAUGGGUUAAAAGAUACGCCAAUGCAAGUGCUCUGGUCUGGUGGUUGGUCCAAAGAAUGGAGUGAAGAGGGACGCCGUGUAGCGGAUGCACUUCCUCAGGCAGCUCUUGUCAUUCAUUCUGGUGGGCGGUGGCCUCAGGAGGAUGCAGCUGAUGAGCUGGCUGAAAGUAUUGUUCAGUUUGUGUCCUCAUUACCCAAUUCAGUCAGAAAAGUUGAGGAAGAGGUUAUCCCAGAGCAUAUUCAGAAGAUGUUGGAUGAAGCAAAAAGCAGUGAUCAUCAAAAUCACCAUCAUCAUGGUCAUGAUGGCCAUGACCACCACCAUGAUAGUCAUGCUCAUGCUCAUGGUGCCGGUUACAUGGAUGCUUACGGGCUUGGUCAUGCAUGGUGAAGUUGACGCCUUUCCGUCUUUACAACUUCAGGCAGUGAUUGCGCCAGAGCUAGAUGUUAGAUCUUGGUCAUGGGAUUUUCCUUAUAAUGCCAUUGAUACUUGGUAUUGCUUAUGUUUUGUUGUGCAAGAAACCUCCACUGAAGGAGCUUGAACUCUUGUAGAUUGUUUUGAACUUUUGAAGCUGUAAAGUUGUACUCUGUAUGUUAAGGCGAGCUGAAUUUAACUAGACCACUCAUUUUCUUUA